UACAGGAGAUCUUACGAGAGGAUUCCUAUACCAGCAAAUUUAUCCACAUGACAGUACCAGAUCCAUCAGACUUUGGGAAGAUGUGCCUUGCAUUUGCUUCUGAUGAAAUAGCUAGAUUGUUAAUACGCCAAACUCAAUUAGAAGACAACGUGAAAGUUAUCCGAUUCCUUGAUUCUACAGCAAAUUACUCAGAUGCUGGUGGAAUCCGUGGCAAGCUCUUUGAGCUAUUUGCCCAUGAAAGAUUGCAAAAAGGUGGUGUGUAUGAAAUAAGGCACCUGGAAAAUGCUAAAAAUGCUACUCCGGCUACCACUACUAGAGUCACAUAUCCAGCAUGGGAGUUGAAUGAAUACACAGACAACAAUAUAAAGAAAGGUGUUUACAACCUGCCACUAUCAAAAAAUAAUGAAACAGUGGAUUCUUUGGUGCUUGAUGAACAUAACAGGGAUGCCUUUUUAUUUCAGAUGACGGUUAAUGAGCAUCAUGGUGCUAAGGUUAAUGGUCUUAAAUCUCUCGAAAGUUUUCUUUCAAAUUACGAAAGAAUAAGUUUGAUUUACGUCGUUCCGCGAGACAAAUUUGAUAAAUAUCCCUGGCAAAGUUACCGAACAACGGCAGGCAAAACAUUUAAAAAAUGGAAUACAACAAACAGAUGGAUCAAGGAUAUAAAUCAAUUUGUGCUCAAAAUGGAACUGUCAGAGGCUCCAAAACGCCAAAAUGACAAGGAAAUAACAAACAACGAUAAUAAUAAGCACGUGAAGACAUGA